AAUGUUUUAAGUGGUAGACUACACUUUGCCUCAUUUCCCUUCAAAUUUAUCACCCUCCUUCAACCCCCAUUUCUUGCAUUAACUCAAUGCAUUUCCCUUCACCAAAAAAAAAAAAGCCCCCUUUUUUAAUUCUCUCUGUGUGUGUAAAGUUUGCUCCUUUGGGUGGCUGGAUUAUAGCUUUAUCAGCUUAUUUGCUAAGUAUUUCAACUGAGAAGAACUUUCAGGUAUUCUCCAGUACCAUUUUGAAUCUUUAUCAGCCAUGGUGGGAUGUCAAUCGAGUAAAACCAAAGGGGGUAAUGCCGAAUCGACAUCGCAAGUUAAACCGGAUUCUCAGUUAGAAGCUGAUUUGAGUUCGUACGAGGCUGCUUGUAGACAAGAUUCGACUCUGCAACAUUUUGAUGUGACUCUCCAGGAACAUACUAACAGUGUUAUCGGCACGCUUGCUGUCAGUUCGGGUGUUCAAUCGGUAUCCUUUAACACGCUCCAAGAGGUUACCAGUUGUCUUCUCGAAACAAAUCAGGCAGUAGUGAAAGUCAUUUUGGAAUGUCAAAGAGAUAUAUGGAACAAUUCAGAGUUGUUUUCUUUGGUUGAGGAAUACUUUGAGAACAGCAAGAAGACUUUAGAUUUUUGUACCAUGCUCGAAAAUUGCCUCAAACGAGCUCGGAAUGAUCAGUUGAUCAUUCAAUUGGCGGUUAAGUAUUUCGAUGAAGAGGUCGGAUUAGAAGUUGGGGUCGAUGAGAAGAAAUUCGUGAAGACCUUGGAAGAACUGAGGAGAUUUAAAGCAGCUGACAAGCCUUUCCCGAAGGAGUUCUUUGUACUGUUAGAUUUGGUCCGUAAGCAGCAAGAAUCGAUGCUAGGGAAGUUGCUAGUUCGGAAAAGGAAGCUUGAUAAGAAAUUAAAAUCUUUAAAAACAUGGAGGAGGGUGUCGAAUGUCUUGUUUGUAGCAACGUUUGUCUCCGUGUUGAUCUUUUCCGUGGUGGCAGCAGCCGUAUCUGCACCACCCGUUGUGACAGCUUUAGCAAGUGCAUUGACUGUUCCUAUCGGUUCGGUUGGAAAAUGGUGCACCUCUCUUUGGAAGCGGUACGAGAAAGAGGUGAAAGAGCAGAUGGGGUUAACAACCACAAUGGAGCUCUUUGCUCGCAUUACGAUUUAUGAUAUGGAUGACAUAAGGGUGCUCGUGACCAAUUUAGAGAUUAAAAUCGAGUCAUUAUUGAAGACUGCCGAUUUUGCACUCGGUGAAGAAGAUGCGUUGAAGCUUGCAAUGGAUGAAAUCAAGAAAAAGUUAGGAGAAUUUAUGGAAAUCAUCGAGAAAUUAGGUCAACAAGCCGAUAAGUGUAGCGGUGAUAUUAGGAUGGCGAGGGCAGUGAUUUUGCAGCGGAUGAUGACACACUCUAGCACAUCAACAACCGGAGACAUGCCUCUGGAUCUCUAGCAACAACGUACCAACCUCGCUACAUGGUUGUUUCGUAGCAGGUGGGGUUGGACUUCACAUUGUAACGGUGCUAUGGAUAUUCCGUUGAUGAACCGGAUCUCUUUGUUACCUUUAGCAGUUAGAGUAAGGUGUGAAAGUUGAAAGAGUAUGAGUUCAAAACUUCCAAAUGAUUGAAUUAGAUGUGUUGGAAAUAAAAAUAAAGAUUUAUUUGGGUUUUA